UCGAGGCGCCUCGCUUGCCUUCGUUGCGUUCUCCAUGUGUUUUGGCACGUGUUAACCAUCCGCCGCGGCUGUAACUGCUUUGUGGGUUAACAUUUGAUAAGUGCCAUGAGCAGAGGCUUCGGUGGGGGCGGAAACUUCCGCGGAGGCCAUGGAGGUUUCCGUGGUGGCGGCGGCGGCGGCGGCUUUCAUGGGGGCAGUGGCGGUGGCUUCCAAGGAGGCCGGGGAGGUGGUGAUCGGGGUGGAUUUGGUGGUCGUGGCGGAGGCCGUGGUGGCAGAGGUGGCUUUGGUGGUGGUUUUCGGAGUGGCUUUGACCAGGGACCUCCUGAAGAGGUUAUUGAGUUUGCUUGCCUGAGCCACCCAUGCCAGGACGACUUGGUGGCUAAAGUGACUGACGAGCGGGUGCCUUUCUUCAAUGCCCCACGUUGGGCGCCAGAUGAAGGCCCCUCGCCUUCGCUCAGGGGGUCCGCGAGCCGCUACCAGCACGACAGAGGACCAGUGGCGCAAAGAACAAAAACCGUUUUAAUUUACGAUAGAACGUAACACUCAAAAUUACCGCAGCCUCGCGGCCAAUAGCAGAAAAGAACAAGGCAAAGAAGCAAGCAGUAAAUAAGCAAAGCAGCAAAAAGCAGCAAAAGCAAAGAAGCAAGCAGCAAAACAGCGAAGCAACAAAAUAUACAAGCCAAAGGGAGCGACGAUAGAACGGCCGCUACAAACCAUCAACCGACACAAUCUUUCGGGCGAUAACAGAAUUAAAGCGCAGAAAGCACGCAAGCACCGAACCAGGCGCGCAGAUAGUCCCACAAGCGAACAACAAGAGCACUCUUUCAUGCAGACACAAUACAAAGACGCUUUUCCCCCUGCUCUGUAGCACGCUCGGACAGAAACCUAGACGGGCCACGCCCCACCAGCGCCUCCCCAGGCCCGCGCCCCGCAAAAAGCCACGAGUGCCGUCUCCGCUGCCUUCUUAUC